AUGAGCAGGAUGACCUUCUGGAGCUUUUCUUCUGUUCCAUUUGUUGGCCUCCUGUCUCUCUUCUUCACUACCGCCGCCGCCGCCCUUCGCCACGGAAUUGUCCGUAAUGUCCCAGUCUUCCGGGAAGCCCCCGCCUUUCGCAAUGGGGAGACUUGCACUGCAGACAGGAUUCAUGUUGCAAUGACUCUUGAUGAUAAUUAUCUAAGAGGAACCGUGGCUGCUGUUCAAUCGAUUCUUCAGCAUUCGACGUGCCCGGAAAAUGUGUUCUUCCACUUCCUUUGGGUACGACACGAACCCGAGGUGUUUUCAAGCAUCAAAUCAACCUUCCCUUACCUGAACUUCAAGGUGUACAGGUUUGAUACCAUUAGGGUUCGUGGGUUAAUUUCAAAAUCCGUUCGCCAAGCUUUAGACCAAUCCCUAAACUAUGCAAGAAUUUAUCUUGCAGAUAUAUUGCCAUCCAAUGUCAACCGUCUGAUCUAUCUUGAUUCUGAUCUUGUAACGGUGGAUGACAUUGCAAAGCUAUGGGAUGUAAAUUUGAAUGAAAAAGUUCUUGCUGCACCUGAAUAUUGCCAUGCAAAUUUUACUAUCUACUUCACAGAGGCCUUCUGGUCGGAUCCCGAGUUAGCGAAAACGUUCCAAGGACGACAACCUUGUUACUUCAACACGGGAGUAAUGGUUGUGGAUAUGGAGAAAUGGAGACAAGGAGAUUAUACUCAGAAAGUUGAGGAUUGGAUGACAGUUCAAAAGCAAAAGAGAAUUUAUAGAUUGGGUUCUUUGCCACCUUUUUUGCUUGUUUUGGCCGGAAAUAUUGAGCCCAUUGAUCAUAGAUGGAAUCAGCAUGGAUUGGGAGGUGACAAUGUUGAAGGAAAAUGUAGGAGUAUGCAUCCUGGACCAAUAAGCCUAAUGCAUUGGAGUGGAAAGGGGAAGCCAUGGUUGAGGCUCGACUCAAGGAAACCAUGUAUUGUCGAUCAUUUGUGGGCUCCUUACGAUCUUUAUCAUUCGUCUGAACAUUCUUUCGAAGAAUGA